UACGGUACAGAUAUACGUACAGAUAUAUAAUACUUACACAGAGGAAGAUCUUCAUAGACAAUAACUCAGGUGCUGGGCGAAGGCUGACGGGACCAGAACAAGACGUGGAGGAGGAUUCAGUAUGUGCGGAACCUGAGAUUUUAGAGAGUGAAAGACCUCGUCCUCAAGGUUCAUCCCCAAUAGAAGAAUUUCCCAUUGAAAAACAGGCUGAGGACGACAUCUCGGAUUUAGCACACAAGAGUGGAAGCAACAAAAAAAGCAGAAAAGCCGGUUUUGGAGCUCUGUUUGAUAAACGCACAUCUGACAAAAUGAAUGAAGCAGAGGACAUGCAGAGUGGUGAAUCUGAAAUGAUUGUAAAAACAGUGAAAGAAGCAUGUGUUGAGGGCUUAGUCGUGACAGGUGGAGGGAAAGAAGGGAUCUUCAUCAAAGAAGUGAAAGUAGAUUCACCAGCUUCCAAACAUCUAGGUGUGAAAGAGGGUGAUCAAAUACUAAGUGCUACAGUAUACUUCGAUAAUGUGUCAUACGAAGAUGCACUUAAAAUUCUUGAGCAUGCUCAACCAUAUAAAAUGGAAUUCUGUCUAAGACGCCAAGUGGAACCAACCAUACCAGAAAAUGCUGAAAUUAUACAUCCAAAGGAAAAAGACCAAGGCUCACCAACAAUGAGAAGUCAGAGAAAAAUUAAAAAACAGCAAGAACGCAUCUCAUGGCCAAAGUUCCCUUCCUUUGGCAAGGGACCCAGAGUGCAAUUCAAGAGAUCUCACAGUACAUCAGAAGCAGAGGAACACAGGAAAUUAGAAAUGAGCCCACCAACAAGUGACACUGAAUCCCCACUAAAAUCUCCACUAAAAUGUGCAGAUGGAAAAGACAAGAAAAAAAAGCACAAAGUUCAUCUAAAGGUGAAGAUGAAGGGCCACAGGAGCAAGUCAGUUGAAGAGGCCCAGAGUAAUGAGAAGGAGUUGGUUUGUGACAAUCAACAGGUGGAUGAUAUAUUAGAAGAAAAGAUUCCAGAAGGACAUGAGGAAAAAAUGAUAGAGAUCUCACAGGUACUGGAUAGAAGUGAAAAUAAGGUUUCUCCCAAGACUGUGAAUGAUAAUGCAUUUCAGAGUGUGUCAGUUAUGGAACUCCAUGAGGCUCAUUUAAUUAGUUUAGGCAACACAUUAAAGACUACAGAUAUUUCAGUUGCUCUUGCAGAGGAAGGAAAAAUAGAGAGUUCAGAAAUGAAAGUUAGAUUUCCUCAAAUUAAGAAACCUGAUGUUGGAACAGAGAGCCAUGCGGACAAUGUUCUAUUAUCACAGACAGGGGUAGAAAUAUCUCAACUUGACAAUGACAUCAGCAAAGAGGAAAUAGGAAAAGGUAGUUCAGAGAAACAAAUGGAAUCUGGAAAUGCAGAACUUCUCAUGCCAAAUAUAGAUAUUGGUGUAGGAGUAACAAGAACAUCAGUAAGGGUUGGCAAUGAAAAGCAAAGGAAGGAGAAAUCUGUGUUUGAAAAUGAGAGUUAUGGGAUUCGAACCAGAGGUCCAUUGGCAGACAUAGCCACAUCAAAAACCCACUUUGUGAGUACAGUAAAUGGGCUUCAGUUCAUGUCACCAAAAAUGUCUGAUGAACAUGCUGUCGAUAAAGAUAUACCUUUAGUGAAAUCUUCAAAAUUACCAACACAAACUAAUGAUUUCAUUCUAGCUGAUCUAGCUCAAAGAACAGAAUCAGAGUUUAAAUUGCCAAAGGUAGAUCAUUUUAAAUUUGCAACCCAUGAACUAAUUAAAAAGACAGAGGUGGAACAAAUUAGAACGCACUUACCAAAACGAGAAGAUAUUGAAAUUCCAGGGAUGGAAAAUAAAGAAACAAAACCCAGUCUUAAGACACCAGAAAUUAAGGUUCCAAAAAUUGAGAAAAUGAUAAAUAUUACAAAGGAAAGAGUAAUCCAGGAUCCACAAACAGAUGAAGAGUUCAAUGUUGAGGAUGUUAAAGUGGCUGUUUCCAAAUUCCCUGCUUUUAAACUGCCUGAGGGGGACAUAACAGGAGUUCUUGUUCAAAGAGAAAUUGAAAUGAAGUCUGAUAAGUCUACAUUGACCCCUAGGGGAUCACCACAUAAAAUAUCCAUCACAAGUACAGACAGUGGCACUAUUAUGCCUAAAACUAAAGUAGGUGAAGAAAUGUCUCAAGCUUCUCAUGCUGCAGAUAAGAACAGAGGAAUCAAGAUUCCUGAAGUUGAUCUAACUUACAUUGAUGAGCAGACAUCAACACCAGUGAUAAAAAUAGCUUACACACCUCCACAGAAAACAGAUUAUGGAAGAUUUGGAGAUUUAAACUUUAAACUCCCAAAGCGGGAAGAUAUUGAAAUACCAGGGAUGGAAGCAAUAAAGGAAUCAAAUUUGCUGUGCACAGCAGAUCUUGACCAAGCUGAAAAGCCAAAAACUAAAAAGCAUGGUGACAAGAAAUGUCAUGAAAAGAAAUCAAAGAAAUCAAAAAUAACAGUUGAAGGAUCUGAAAGCGCUAAACCUGAUACUCAGUCUCCAGAUUUUAGUACUGAAUUGCCAAAGAAGUAUUCCUCUAAAAUAGAUACUGGAGAACCAAAGAUCCAUGAGAAACAAAAAUUCAAAACUCCCAACAUAGGGGAAUUUGAGAAUAUAGAUGUUCAAAUACAGGAAAGCAAGAUUUUAGAAGAUAAUAUGGACUUGCCACAAAAAACAGAAACAAAGUUUAACACAAAAUUUAAAAUUCCCUCAACCACCCUGCCAGAAUCUGGAACUAAAGUUCCAGUGGAAGAAGUAGAUAUCUCUGCAGUGGAUGUUAAAGUGAAAGUUGCUGGAAAAAAAUUACCAGAGAAUAAAAUUAAAUUAUCAGAUGAGGCAUCAUUAACAUACUUAGAUGGCACUGAUGCAAAUAAAGAUGGACUGUCUGACUGUGGAUAUGGCAGAGCUCAGGACACUGAAACUGAAGGGCAAGGAAGGAAGUUCAAACUGCCAAAAUUUGAGCUCAGUUUUCCUGAAGUAAAAGCACCAAGAAUUAUUUGUACUUCAAAGAAAGAUGAUGAGAGUUCUGUAUCAGAGGAAUAUGGUAAAGUGCCAGUUGUGCAUUCACCAAAAGCAGAACCAUCAACUGUAAAACAUGAAGUGAGUGGAGACCUACCAGACACAGGCACUGAAAUAACUGAAGUGAAAAUUAAAAGGCCAGGAUUUUCAUUUCCCAGGUUUGGUAUAUCGAAAUCAGAACAUGCACCCUCAGCAGCGAAUGUCACAAGUGUUGAUAUGUCUUUAUCAGAGGGACAUACACAAAUGGACAAUCUAAACACAAAUAUUACAAUAUCAGUGAAAGAUGGUAACCAAAAGGAUACAACAAAGUUUGCUUCUCCAACAAAGUUCAAAAUUCCUUCAAUCAAGUUUCCAAAUUUCGGAGUGAAAGCAAAGGCAACAAUGGAGACUUCUGAUGUGGCUGUUGAUAUUAAAGGACCUGACAUAAGUCUACCACAUACUGAGCCAAUUUUGGUUGAUAUAAAAGAGCCUGAUGUAGACAAACAAAAGGAAUCUGUCAGUACGCAAUUUAUUAAUACGGACAUCCAAAGUGAGGCAAAAGGAAGUAACUUUACCGACCUGCCAGAAGUAGAUUCUAAAGAUCUAGAACUAAAAAUGAAGAUGCCAGGAUUUUCAUUUCCUAAAAUUGAACUGAGUAAAUCAGAAGUGAAGGCUCCCAAAGGUGACGUGAGUCUCCCAAAUAUUGAGGUGUCUUUGCCUGAAGGAAGUACAGAAAUUGAAAGACCUUCUACAGAUUUGGACCUAUCAAUGGAAUAUGCAGAACAAAAAGACCCAACAAAGUUUAAAUUGCCAUCAGUCAACUUCCCAAAGCUUAGAACUAAAGGUCCAAAAGCAUCUGUAGAGGUCUCUGAUGUGGAUGCACAUGUUAAAGGACCUGAAAUAUGUUUCCCAGGUGCAGAGAUGAAAUUGAAAGUUGAACCAUUGUCUGUGGAUAUAAAAGGGCCUGAUGCAGUCAAAGAAUUGGAACCUUUCAGUGUGGAAAUGAAAGAUCAGGAUAUCCAAAUGAAGGAACAGGGGAGUAAAUUCAAAUUACCAAAUUUUGGAAUCAGCCUUCCUGAAAUAAAAGGGCCAAAAAUAGAUAUAUGUUCAGACAAGGCAAAGAUUGACAUUUCUGUACCAAAGGCAAAAGUAGAAAUGCAUCCACCAGAUGUUGAAGUGCAAGUUGUGACAGCUGAAAUGAAAGCCGACCUGCCAGAAGUAGAUUCUAAAGGUCUGGAACUGAAAAUGAAGACUCCAGGAUUAUCGUUCCCUAAAAUUGAAUUAAGUAGAUCAGAAGUGAAGGCUUCUGAAGGUGAUGUGAGUCUCCCAAAUGUUGAUGUGUCUUUGCCUGAAGGAAGUAUGGAAAUUGACCAACCAACUACUGAUGUGACAAUACCAGAUGUAGAGCAAAAAGACCAGUCAAUGUUUGGAUCUCCAACAAAGUUUAAACUGCCUUCAAUCAACCUCCCAAAUUUUGGAAUUAAAGGUCCAAAAACAUCAGUAGAGCUCUCUGAUGUGGAUGUUGAAGUUAAAGGACCUGAAAUAAAUCUACCAGAAGCAGAGAUGAAAUUGUCAGCUGAGCCAUUGUCUGUUGAUAUAAAAGGGCUUGAUGCAGACAAAGAAUUGGAACCUUUCAGUGUGGAAAUGAAAGAUCAGGAUAUCCAAAUGAAGGAACAGGGGAGUAAAUUCAAAUUACCAAAUUUUGGAAUCAGCCUUCCUGAAAUAAAAGGGCCAAAAAUAGAUAUAAGUUCAAACAAGGCAGAGAUUGACAUUUCUGUACCAAAGGCAAAAGAAGAAAUACAUCCACCAGAUGUUGAGGUGCAAGGCGUGACAGCUGAAAUAAAAGCUGAUCUGCCCGAAGUAGAUUCUAAAGGUCUGGAUCUGAAAAUGAAGAUGCCAGGAUUUUCAUUUCCUACAAUUGAAUUAAGUAGAUCAGAAGUGAAGGCUCCCGAAGCUGAUGUGAGUCUCCCAAAUGUUGAUGUGUCUUUGCCUGAAGGAAGUAUGGAAAUUGACCAACCAACUACUGAUGUGACAAUACCAGAUGUAGAGAAAAAAGGCCGGUCAAAGUUUGGAUCUCCAACAAAGUUUAAAUUGCCUUCAAUCAACUUCCCAAAGUUUGGAACUAAAGGUCCAAAAGCAUCAGUGGAUCUCCCUGAUGUGGAUGUAGAAGUUAAAGGACCUGAAAUAAAUCAUCCAGAAGCAGAGAUAAAAUUGUCAGCUGAGCCAUUGUCUAUAGAUAUAAAAGGGCCUGAUGCAGACAAAGAAUUGAAACCGCUCAGUGUGGAAAUGAAAGAUCAAGAUAUCCAAAUGAAGGAACAGGGGAGUAAAUUCAAAUUACCAAAAUUUGGAAUCAGCCUUCCUGAAAUAAAAGGGCCAAAAAUAGAUAUAAGUGCAGACAAGGCAGAGAUUGAUAUUUCUGUACCAAAGGCAAAAGUAGAAAUGCAUCCACCAGAUGUUGAGGUGCAAGGUGUAACAGCUGAAAUAAAAGCUGAUCUGCCCGAAGUAGAUUCUAAAGGUCUGGAUCUGAAAAUGAAGACGCCAGGAUUUUCAUUUCCUAAAAUUGAAUUAAGUAGAUCAGAAGUGAAGGCUCCUGAAGGUGAUGCGAGUCUUCGAAAUGUUGAUGUGACUUUGCCUGAAGGAAGUAUGGAAAUUGACCAACCAACUACUGAUGUGAUAAUACCAGAUGUAGAGAAAAAAGGCCGGUCAAAGUUUGGAUCUCCAACAAAGUUUAAAUUGCCUUCAAUCAACUUCCCAAAGUUUGGAACUAAAGGUCCAAAAGCAUCUGUGGAUCUCCCUGAUGUGGAUGUAGAAGUUAAAGGACCUGAAAUAAAUCUACCAGAAGCAGAGAUGAAAUUGUCAGCUGAGCCAUUGUCUGUGGAUAUAAAAGGGCCUGAUGCAGACAAAGAAUUGGAACCUUUCAGUGUGGAAAUAAAAAAUCAGGAUAUCCAAAUGAAGGAACAAGGAAGUAAAUUCAAAUUGCCAAAUUUUGGAAUCAACCUUCCUGAAAUUAAAGGGCCAAAAAUAGAUAUAAGUUCAAACAAGGCAGAGAUUGACAUUUCUGUACCAAAGGCAAAAGUAGAAAUGCAUCCACCAGAUGUUGAGGUGCAAGGUGUAACAGCUGAAAUAAAAGCUGAUCUGCCCGAAGUAGAUUCUAAAGGUCUGGAUCUGAAAAUGAAGACGCCAGGAUUUUCAUUUCCUAAAAUUGAAUUAAGUAGAUCAGAAGUGAAGGCUCCUGAAGGUGAUGCGAGUCUUCGAAAUGUUGAUGUGUCUUUGCCUGAAGGAAGUAUGGAAAUUGACCAACCAACUACUGAUGUGACAAUACCAGAUGUAGAGAAAAAAGGUCGGUCAAAGUUUGGUUCUCCAACAAAGUUUAAAUUGCCUUCAAUCAACUUCCCAAAGUUUGGAACUAAAGGUCCAAAAGCAUCAGUGGAUCUCCCUGAUGUGGAUGUAGAAGUUAAAGGACCUGAAAUAAAUCUACCAGAAGCAGAGAUGAAAUUGACAGUUGAACCAUUGUCUGUGGAUAUAAAAGGGCCUGAUGCAGACAAAGAAUUGAAAUCGGUCAGUUUGGAAAUGAAAGAUCAGGAUAUCCAAAUGAAGGAACAAGGGAUUACAUUCAAAUUACCAAAAUUUGGAAUCAGCCUUCCUGAAGUAAAAGGGCCAAAAAUAGAUAUAAGUGCAGACAAGGCAGAGAUGGACAUUUCUGUACCAAAGGCAAAAGUAGAAAUGCAUCCACCAGAUGUUGAGGUGCAAGGCGUAACAGCUGAAAUAAAAGCUGAUCUGCACGAAGCAGAUUCUAAAGGUCUGGAACUGAAAAUGAAGACGCCAGGAUUUUCAUUUCCUAAAAUUGAAUUAGGUAGAUCAGAAGUGAAGGCUCCUGAAGGUGAUGUGAGUCUCCCAAAGGUUGAUGUGUCUUUGCCUGAAGGAAGUAUGGAAAUUGACCAACCAACUACUGAUGUGACAAUACCAGAUGUAGAGAAAAAAGGCCGGUCAAAGUUUGGAUCUCCAACAAAGUUUAAACUACCAUCAAUCAACCUCCCAAAGUUUGGAACUAAAGGUCCAAAAGCAUCAGUCGAUCUCCCUGAUGUGGAUGUAGAAGUUAAAGGACCUGAAAUAAAUCUAUCAGAAGCAGAGAUGAAAUUGUCAGCUGAGCCAUUGUCUGUGGAUAUAAAAGGGCCUGAUGCAGACAAAGAAUUCAAACCGGUCAGUGUGGAAGUGAAAGAUCAGGAUAUCCAAAUAAAGGAACAAGGGUUUAAAUUCAAAUUACCAAAAUUUGGAAUCAGCCUUCCUGAAGUAAAAGGGCCAAAAAUAGAUAUAAGUGCCGACAAGGCAGAGAUGGACAUUUCUAUACCAAAGGCAAAAGUAGAAAUGCAUCCACCAGAUGUUGAGGUGCAAGGCGUAACAGCUGAAAUAAAAGCCAAUCUGCCAGAAACAGAUUCUAAAGAUCUGGAUCUGAAAAUGAAGAUGCCAGGAUUUUCAUUUCCUAAAAUUGAAUUAAGUAGAUCAGAAGUGAAGGCUCCUGAAGGUGAUGUGAGUCUCCCAAAUGUUGAUGUGUCUUUGCUUGAAGGAAGUAUGGAAAUUGACCAACCAACUACUGAUGUGACAAUACCAGAUGUAGAGAAAAAAGGCCGGUCAAAGUUUGGAUCUCCAACAAAGUUUAAAUUGCCUUCAAUCAACUUCCCAAAGUUUGGAACUAAAGGUCCAAAAGCAUCAGUGGAUCUCCCUGAUGUGGAUGUAGAAGUUAAAGGACCUGAAAUAAAUCUACCAGAAGGAGAGAUGAAAUUGAAUGUUGAGCCAUUGUCUGUGGAUAUAAAAGGGCCUGAUGCAGACAAAGAAUUGAAACCUUUCAGUGUGGAAGUGAAAGAUCAGGAUAUCCAAAUGAAGGAACAGGGGAGUAAAUUCAAAUUACCAAAAUUUGGAAUCAGCCUUCCUGAAAUAAAAGGGCCAAAAAUAGAUACAAGUUCAGACAAGGCAGAGAUUGACAUUUCUAUACCAAAGUCAAAAAUAGAAAUGCAUCCACCCGAUGUUGAAGUGCAAGGUGUAACAGCUGAAAUAAAAGCUGAUCUGCCAGAAGUAGAUUCUAAAGUUCUGGAACUGAAAAUGAAGACGCCAGGAUUUUCAUUUCCUAAAAUUGAAUUAAGUAGAUCAGAAGUGAAGGCUCCUGAAGGUAAUGUGAGUCUCCCAAAGGUUGAUGUGUCUUUGCCUGAAGGAAGUAUGGAAAUUGACCAACCAACUACUGAUGUGACAAUACCAGAUGUAGAGAAAAAAGGUCGGUCAAAGUUUGGUUCUCCAACAAAGUUUAAAUUGCCUUCAAUCAACUUACCAAAGUUUGGAACAAAGGGUCCAAAAGCAUCAGUGGAGGUUUCUGAUUUAGAUGUAGAUGUUAAAGGACCUGAAAUAAAUCUACCAGAAACACAGAUAAAAUUGCCAGCUGAGUCAUUGUCUGUGGGUAUAAAAGGGCCUGAUGCAGACAAAGAAUUGAAACCAGUCAGUGUGGAAGUAAAAGAUCAGGAUAUCCAAAUGAAGGAACAAGGGAUUAAAUUCAAAUUACCAAAAUUUGAAUUUAGCCUUCCAGAAAUAAAGGGACCAAAACUUUAUGGAACUUCAGACAAGGCAGAGAUUGACAUUUCUGUACCAAAGGCACAAGUAGAAGUUCAUCCACCUAAUAUUGAAGUUCAAGGUGUAACUGCUGAAAUGAUAGCAGACCUGCCAGAAGUAGAUUCUAAAUAUACUGAAGUGAAAAUGAAGACACCAGUCCUUUCUUUUCCUGGAAUCGGAUUUGGUAAACCAGAAGUUAAGCUUCCUGAAGGUAAUGCGAGUCUCCCAAAUGUCGAUGUGUCUUUGCCUGAAGGAAGUAUGGAAAUUGAUCAACCAAGUCUUGAUGUGACAAUAUCAGAUGUAGAGCAGAAAGGCCGGUCAAAGUUUGGUUCUCCAACAAAGUUUAAACUACCAUCAAUCAGCUUCCCAAAGUUUGGUACUAAAGGACCAAAAGCAUCUGUAGAGGUCUCUGAUGUGGAUGUAGAUGUUAUAAAACCUGCCAGAAGUCUACCACAUGCAGAGAUAAAACUUUCAGCUGAGCCACUCUCAGUAAACAUAAAAGGGCCUGAGCUAGACAAAGAAAUUAAAUCAGUCAGUUUGGAAAUGAAAGAUCAGGAUAUCAAAACAAAGGAACAAGGGAGUAAAUUCAAAUUGCCAAAAUUUGGAAUCAGUCUUUCUGAAGUAAAAGAACCAAAGUUUGAUGUAACUUCAGACAAGGCAGAUAUUGACAUUUCUGUACCAAAGGCACAAGUAGAAGUUUAUCCACCUAACGUUGAAGUGGAAGGUGUAACAGCAGAAGUGAAAGCUCACCUGCCAGAAGUAGAUGGCGUGAAAUGUAUUAAAUCAGACAGUAAGACAAACAAUGAAGUAGCCAAAGCAGAGUUGGAUUCCCAAGAGGGAAAAUGUGGCAAUGAGGAUACAGCUGUUGACAAUAAUGCUCUUGAUGUCAUCUUAGAACCAACACAAAAGUAUACAGAAGGAGUCAAGAUGUCCUCCAAAUUUAUAUUGCCAACACUUGGUGAUGUGUUCAGUGGCUUUGAAGUUGAAUUUAAUGUACCUACAUUUGAUGAAAUUGAAGAAACAAAGAAAAAAUUUUCAGAUCCUCUGAAACACGAACAUAACAUUGCAGUCGGAGGUCGGUUAGCAACAGAGUGUGUAUCAAAACAUGAAAAUGGAGGAACUCAGGAAAAAUCGGCAACAGACCAAAACAAAGACAGUGGGCAAAAACAAACACAACCCGAAAACAGUGACUGGUUUAGAUUUCCUAAGUUGCCAUCUCCAACCAAAGACAAUGAAAAAAUAACUUUCCAACUUCAAAAUAAAACUGAACAUAGUCCACAAACCGACAAUGAGUCCAGGAAAAGUUUUACAAGAGAUACAAGAGAUAUUGAUGAGGACAAUGUCAGUCCUACAUUGUCACUGAGUUCAUCUGAUGCUUUUGCUGAUGUAAGUUCUGCACUUACAUCUGAACGGAUGGGCCUGUCGCUGACCAGCCCUACAAAGGUCAAAGUAAAAUAUUCAGAGCCCACUGCUAAUGCUGAAGUAACUGAUAUACAUGGUGAUAUCAUUACUUCAACAGCCAGGACUGAAAUAAUAUCUAUGGCGCCUCAUCAGCCAGAGAAAGUAAACAUUCCAUUUUCUUCUGAAACAUCAUCUUCUUCAGUGGAUACUCUGAAACAAAUGUCAGGACACAUAGUUGUCUCAAAUGUACAAAGUGUGUCUAAAACCGAACAUGCUACAAUUCUCACCAAAGUAGAUACACAAACUUUGCCUCCAGAAAAAGCCACUGACUCAAUGUUUUCAGUUGAGGAAACAAUCAUGCGAACAGGACAUACAAUAGUGGAGAAGCAUGUUGUAAAGGAAAUCUUUGGUGAUGACAAAGAGAAAAUAUUUGUGACACAGAGAAUACAGGUUUAUGAAGGAGACUCUACUGAGCCUAUCUCUGAUGAUACCGCAUCCUCAAUUCAAAAGUUAAGGGACAGUGUACACACUGAAAAAAUUAGAUUUUUUGAGGAGGCAGAGUCAAGUCAAACAAUUUUAAUGACCACUGAAACAUUACUAAGGCAUGCAGAUUCCUCCACAGAUGAGAAUGAGGGGAAAUGAUUUGAGCUGUCAUUCUUACAAUGAUUAGAAUAUACAGAAUUAUGGCUGUGUAAACCAGUUAAAUCAAUGUGGUCUCACAAAUCCUAAACAUUUUCUGUAAGAUUGGGUUGGUAUUAUACUUUAGAAUUCAUUUUUAUUACUUGUGUAACUAAAUCAGUUGUGAAAACAUACCCAAUUUAGGGAUAGCAUAAUGGCAUAAUUAAAUAAAUUUGGUUAGUUAAUCUUAGAAUACUCAGUAUAGAGGAACAUGGGCAUUCAGUACCCAUUACAGUAAAACUAUUCUCUGCUGAAAUUGUUUACAGCACUCUCUUGGUCAUAUGCAAGUAAAAUAUAACUGUGUCACAUUUAGAGAUAUUUAUGGAAAAAAAUAUAAUAUAUGCGACUAUUGAAAAGUAAUAAUAGUACAUAUAUUUUGCAAAAAUAUCGGUUUCAUUUAAUUAUUGUGUUUCAGUGUGCUAUAAUCAUGAUUAAGCAUCUAAGAUUUCGCAGCUUUGUGGAAAGUACACUUUUAAAAUAUGUUCACAUAAUGUCUCUUCCAUGUCAUACAGUAUUGUAAAACACAAUAUAUUUACAUCUAAAUGAUUACUGUAUUAAAAUAUUAGCAUAUGACAUAAUAAAUCUGGUAAAAUAAAAAUAGGUAUCUAAUUGUUAUCUUGAA